UUAUAGUCUGUCAAUGUCAAAACAACGUGACUUUAAAGACGAUCGUUAGUGCAAUGAAAAAUAAAACAAUGGUUGCUGUUAAACCUCGUCAAAAGAAGGCCGGUCUUAAAAAAACGGUUGAAACUAAAACAAAAACAAAAACGCUUAAAAAAGUUUUAAAACAAGAAUCGUUAAUAUCGCCAACGAAAAAGUUAGUUUCAGCACCUGAAACAACAGUGGAGAAAAAAAUUAAAUACGUUAUGCCUACUAAAGCAGUCACGGAUAAAAUUGUGACUGCUUGCUUGAAUGCUUUAGAGAAAUUAGAUUCAAACGAUAAAAAGAAAAAUGUAAUUUUUGGCGAUGAAACUCAAAUAUUUAUGGAGAUACGGUGUAUCAAAGUACUACAUUCUAAAGGCAAUUUAAAAUUCACACUACCUCAUAGCACCGUGGCAUCUUCUGGUGAAGUAUGUUUAAUAACACCUGAUAUAAAGAAAGGAAAAAAACCAGACCAUGAACCUACAAUUGAUCGCUGGGAAGAAAUAUUAAGAGAAGCGGGAGUAACAUCAGUCAAAACUAUACUACCUAUGAGACAGCUAAGAGUUGAAUAUGACCAGUUUGAACUAAAGAGGAGAUUAUUAACACAACAUGACUUUAUAAUGGUCGACACAAGAGUAUUAAAUCAUGUAUCACAUGUAUUAGGAAAAAUGUUCUUUAAAAAACAUAACAUGUUGGUGCCCGUCAAAAUAAAUGAGAAAGAUAUCAAGAAAAAUAUAGAUAAAGGACUGAGAACUGUAAUGUUACGUUUGAGUGAGGGACAAACAUCUACAAUUCUAGUGGGUCACACUGCGAUGCCAAAGAAUCUUGUAAAGGAAAAUAUAAUGGCAUUAGUCAAACAAUUCAAAGAAAAGUUUCCUGGAGGAGAAAGAAAUAUACGAUCUCUAUCCAUAAAAUUGCCUCUGUCUUUAUCUAUACUCAUAUAUCUUACACUAAGACCUACAAACUCAGUAAAAACAAUUAAAAGCAAACAAAAGAAACCUAAGAACUACCAAGAUUAUGAGGGUGAACUUACAACUCAAUUAGGCUGUACUGUGCGAGUAGCACCAGAUGGAACUGUGCAUGUCAAAAGGAAUUUAAAUAAAACAGAUGGCAGUGAUAUGGAGCAAGAUAUUAGUGAAAAUGAAGAAGAUGACAAAAAUAAUGAAGAAUAAUAUAAUAGAUUAUAAUUUAUUAUGUAUAAGAGGUGUUAACAUCUCUCUUGACUUACAUUUGAAAUGAUAAAGUAAUAAAACAACUAUGGAUUUUUAACCACAA